AUGACCACUUAUGGAACAAUCCCAUCAUCAUCAUCAUCAGAACCCUCAAAACGAGCGUUAGUUUCAAGGGCUAAAGAACGAAUCCAGAAAGGUCUUGGAACAAGAAGACCAUGGAAUGAAAUGUUCCAAUUCUCUGAUUUCAGAUUCCCUUCCUCUGUUUUCCAAUCAUUUCAAAGAAUCAAUGCGAAUUCCGAUUUGUUUCGCGCUAAUUACGUGAUUAUCAUUCUCAUCAUCCUCUUCCUCAGUUUGCUGUGGCACCCAAUCUCACUCAUUACAUUGAUUCUCAUGAUGGCUGCUUGGCUCUUCUUGUAUUUCCUCAGAGACGACCCUUUGAUGCUUUUCGGCUACGAGAUAGACGAGCGAUUCGUGGCUUCGUCUUUGCUGUUCGUCACGAUCGGAAUGCUUUUUCUUACUAAUGUAACGAAUAAUGUGAUAGUAGGCUUCUCUGUGGGGUUAGGAUUUGCAUUGGUUCAUGCGGUAAUGAAAGACAUUAAGGAAGGUUUUUCCGGGAAUGAAGAAGAAGAAGAAGAACAAUUGCGUGUUGUUUCAUCUUCUCAGGCUUUGUCUUCGUAA